CUUGGCGUGGCUGUUGUCAUCUGAGGGACAUGCGUGUGUUUGUUGUUUUCUUGAGUGGAACAUGUUAAAUAUUGUCACAUCAUGUUACCUCUCUCUUACUUUUACUAAGUUAGCUAUAACUUCAUAAAAGGAUAAGUUCCCAGAGAUAAGGAUGUGAUACAUACCUUAUCCUGACUGCUCUAUGGCUUUGCCAAGCAUGUUCCUUGGAAGGGCCUGACAGGCCUGGUCACUGUGAACACACCAUUUAACAGACAGCACGUACCUCCUAUGUGCCAGGUGCACGUGCUUGCCCUUAUGAAGCCACAUGCUGGUGGAAGUGCGCGUUUUCUCUUUUUCCUAUGAGAAUUUGUCUGCUUUGGGAGAUGGUGACCUUUCCAAGUUUGAGGGAAGAUGAAACAAACAUCCAGUGGUAGAAUGGCAAUGUACACUCGGAAAUCUCUUAUUAUUGCAGUAAUAUAGUUGGAUUGAGGCUUUUCUUUAUCUUUGGCGCAUCCAUAUUUUAUUUUCCUUUUUUUGAGACAGAGUCUUGCUCUGUGGCACAGGCUGGCAUGCAGUGGUGUGAUUACAGCUCACUGCAGCCUCAACCUCCCAGGCUCAAGCAAUCCUCCUACCUUAGCCUCCUGAGUAGUGUAUACCACCAUGCCUGGCUAAUUUUUCUUUUUUUUCCUUUUUUUUAAUUUUUAUGUUUUUGUAGAGAUGGGAUUUCCCCAUGUGGCCCAGGCUAGUCUCAAAACUCCUGGGCUCAAGGGAUCCACCUGCCCUGGUCUCCCAAGGUGCUGGGACUACAGGCAUGAGCCACUGUGCCCCGCCAAUCAUUUGCUUGAUCAUUUUCUUAUUACCUUAAUUUAGAAAUAAUUAUUGUAAAUAUUCUGUUGCAUUAUGUUUGAGGAUGUUUUUAGCGAUAGUGGGAAUACAGGAAAUUUUGAUAGAGGUAAAAAGUGCAGACUCACCAUUAUUGAAUGUGGGUGUGACAUUAACAUGAUGAUUGAUCUGGCUAAAGUAGCAGAUCUGGUACUGAUGCUUAUAGAUGCCAGCUUUGGGUUUGAAAUGGAAAUGUUUGAGUUUCUAAACAUCUGUCAAGCACAUGGCUUUCCUAAAAUUCUGGGAGUUCUCACCCACCUCGACUCCUUCAAGCAUAACAAGCAACUGAAGAAGACAAAGAAGCGAUUAAAACACAGGUUCUGGACAGAAGUUUACCAGGUAGCCAAACUGUUCUACCUUUCUGGAAUGGUGCAUGGAGAAUAUCAAAACCAAGAAAUCCACAAUCUGGGCCACUUUAUUACAGUUAUGAAGUUUAGGCCUCUCAUGGCAAACUUUUCACCCUUAUAUCCUGGCAGACAGGACAAGGUGGGGCUCACCCAUGAGCUGGUCCAGAGUCUCAUCUCCACCUACUCCACCAUUGAUGCCAAGAUGGCUUCAAGUCGAGUGAUGCUGCUUUCCAAUUCCAAACCACUUGGGUCAGAGGCUAUAGAUAAUUGAGGCGUCAGCCUCGAGUUUGACCAGCAGCAGGGGUCGGUGUGUCCCUCUGAAUCUGAGAUCUAUGAGUCAGGAGCUAGGGACAGGAUGGCAGGAGCGCCCAUGGCUGCUGCUGUACAGCCUGCUGAGGUGACUGUUGAAGUUGGUGAGGACCUCCACAUGCACCACAUUCGUGACCGGGAGAUGCCUGAAGCUUUGGAGUUUAACCUUUCUGCCAAUCCAGAGUCAAGCACAAUAUUCCAGAGGAACUCUCAAACCGAUGCUUUGGAGUUUAACCCUUCUGCCAAUCCAGAGGCAAGCACAAUAUUCCAGAGGAACUCUCAAACAGAUGUUGUAGAAAUAAGAAGAAGCAACUGUACAAACCAUGUAUCUACUGAGCGUUUCAGUCAACAGUACAGCUUGUGUUCGACAAUAUUCCUUGAUGACAGCACAGCCAGCCAGCAUUAUCUUACAAUGACAGUAAUAUCUGUGACCUUGGAGAUACCUCAUCAUAUCACACAAAGAGAUGCAGAUAGAUCUUUGAGCAUACUUGAUGAACAGUUACACUCAUUUGCGGUUUCCACCGUGCACAUUACGAAGAAAAGAAAUGGAGGUGGGAGUUUAAAUAACUAUUCCUCCUCCAUUCCAUCGACUCCCAGCACCAGCCAGGAGGACCUUCAGUUCAGUGUUCCUCCCACUGCCAACACACCCACGCCCGUUUGCAAGCGGUCCAUGCGGUCCAACCUGUUUACAUCUGAGAAAGGGAGUGACCCAGACAAAGAGAGGAAAGCCCCGGAGAAUCAUGCUGACACCAUCGGGAGCGGCAGAGCCAUCCCCAUUAAACAGGGCAUGCUCUUAAAGCGAAGUGGGAAAUGGCUGAAGACAUGGAAAAAGAAAUAUGUCACCCUGUGUUCCAAUGGCGUGCUCACCUAUUAUUCAAGCUUAGGUGAUUAUAUGAAGAAUAUUCAUAAAAAAGAGAUUGACCUUCGGACAUCUACCAUCAAAGUCCCAGGAAAGUGGCCAUCCCUAGCCACAUCGGCCUGCGCACCCAUCUCCAGCUCUAAAAGCAAUGGCCUAUCCAAGGACGUGGACACCGGGCUGGGUGACUCCAUAUGCUUCAGCCCCAGUAUCUCCAGCACCACCAGCCCCAAGCUCAACCCGCCCCCCUCUCCUCAUGCCAAUAAAAAGAAACACCUAAAGAAGAAAAGCACCAACAACUUUAUGAUUGUGUCUGCCACUGGCCAAACGUGGCGCUUUGAAGCCACGACAUAUGAGGAGCGGGAUGCCUGGGUCCAAGCCAUCCAGAGCCAGAUCCUGGCCAGCCUGCAGUCAUGCGAGAGUAGUAAAAGCAAGUCCCAGCUGACCAGCCAGAGCGAGGCCAUGGCCCUGCAGUCGAUCCAAAACAUGCGUGGGAACUCCCACUGUGUGGACUGUGAGACCCAGAAUCCUAAGUGGGCCAGUUUGAACUUGGGAGUCCUCAUGUGUAUUGAAUGCUCAGGAAUCCACCGCAGUCUGGGCACCCGCCUUUCCCGUGUGCGAUCUCUGGACUUGGAUGACUGGCCAGUUGAGCUCAGGAAGGUUAUGUUAUCUAUUGGCAAUGACCUAGCCAACAGCAUCUGGGAAGGGAGCAGCCAGGGGCAGACAAAACCCUCAGUAAAGUCCACGAGGGAAGAGAAGGAACGGUGGAUCCGUUCCAAAUAUGAGGAGAAGCUCUUUCUGGCCCCACUACCCUGCACUGAGCUGUCCCUGGGCCAGCGCCUGCUGCGAGCCACCGCCGAUGAGGACCUGCGGACAGCCAUCCUGCUGCUGGCACAUGGCUCCCGUGAGGAGGUGAACGAGACCUGUGGGGAGGGAGACGGCUGCACGGCGCUCCAUCUGGCCUGCCGCAAGGGGAAUGUGGUCCUGGCGCAGCUCCUGAUCUGGACGGGGUGGACGUCAUGGCCCGAGAUGCCCACGGGAACACAGCGCUGACCUACGCCCGGCAGGCCUCCAGCCAGGAGUGCGUCAACGUGCUUCUGCAGUACGGCUGCCCCGACGAGUGCGUGUAGUAUCUGUUUUAUUUGACUGCAGUCUCCUUGGUGCAAAAACAAAAUGGGAAAAAUAAGGAUAACUCAGAAUUUCAAAAGGAAAUCACAAAUUCAGCUAGUAAUAACAUUUUCAGUACUUUUCGUAAACUAAGUAAAUACACAAAAUGUUGAUUUUUCUGACCAUAAGACAUAUUUUAUGUCCUUUUGCCGAGGUGGAUGUGUUAGUCUCAGGCCCUCCUGGCCACAUUGCCCAAGUCACACAGGCUUCUGUAUUAUGUAUUUAGAUAAAAUGUGUGAAAAUAUAUUUGAAAUAAAGUUCAUAAAUAUGCAUUGAUUUUUGUA